AUGCUCAAGAAUCUCCUUGAUGCCUGUGGAGCGGCCAUUGCCUACUUUUGUGUCGGGUAUGCCUUUGCUUUCGGUGGAGACAAAUCCAGCCGGAGCGGGCACGAUGAUACCACUGCUGGAACUACCUUUAUCGGUCUGGACAACUUCUUUGGAUUAGGCCUUACCGAUCUGUCAUUCUUCUUCUUUCAGUAUACCUUCACUGCAGCUUCAGUAACGAUUGUGGCAGGAACUCUUGCUGAGCGAUGUCAAAUGACUGCCUACCUCUUCUAUAGCUUCUUCUUGACAGGAUUCGUUUAUCCUGUUGCUGCUCACGCCUUUUGGUCGACGUCUGGCUUCCUCAGCAGCUCCAACGCCGACCCUUUCAUGGGUAUUGGGACCGUGGAUUUCAGUGGAAGUGGUGUGAUCCACAUGACAGGAGGAACAACUGCACUCAUUGCGACUUACAUUCUGGGGUCACGCCGCGGUCGCUUUUUCGAUAUGACUACUGGUGCCCCGUUGGAGACGCCAAAAGCAUUCCCAGGACACAGCGUUUCGCUACAAAUGCUGGGCAGCUUCAUCCUUUGGUUCGGAUGGUUUGGAUUCAACCCUGGAUCUGCUUUACUGCUCGAGGGAAAUCCUUAUCAAGCUCAAAUUGGUGCCUUGUGCGCUGUGAAUACAUUCUUGGCGUCAGCUGGUGGAGGAGUCACGGCUCUCUUUGUCAAAAUGUUCUGGAAGCAACGGUCCUCUGGGGAAUAUUCCUUUGAUCUAGUGGCGGCAAUGAAUGGAACUCUUUCAGGCCUGGUAGGGAUCACCGCUGGAUGUGCCACUCUCGAACCUUGGGCUGCUUUGCUCAGUGGAGCCGUGGCUGGCGGGCUCUACUUGUGGGGAUCUGAUUUCUUGAUAAAGCUCAAGUUAGACGAUGCCGUUGAUGCCAUUCCAGUACACAUGAUCUCGGGCUUCUGGGGACUUAUAGCGGUCGGACUGCUUUCCAAGCCUGAGCACAUGCUGCAUGCAUAUGGAGAUGACAGCCACCCAGGCUUGUUUUAUGCCAUUGGACGAAGCGGUGCAGAUGCCAAGCUCAUUGUCUGUCAACUGGUGGGGGCCCUAUUCAUAGUUGGGUGGACCUUUGUCACGAUGUUUCCUUUCUUCUUGUGGCUCAACUACAUGGGAUGGUUUAGAUGUGAGUCUGUCCAAGAACUUGUUGGACUCGACAUAACCUAUGACGGCGAACGAGCCAAUGCCGUCAAACAAGCAGAAGGUUCUGAGGAGGGCGUACGGGAAGAGUAUCUGAAUGCGUACGCACGAUACCGUCAACAAAGACAACCUCAGUCCAGCAGCAAGAAUAGGAGCUCCGUCAACCAUAGCCACAGCAGAGAUCCUUCCAACGAAGGUGAGGAGGAGGAUGGACCUUAA